GUUCACCUGAGACUCACAAAAUGAUAUCCCAAGCUACUGUAAUUCUGGUCGUGUUGGCGGCUGCGCAUGCCAACCCAGACAACUAUGGUCCAGUGUAUUCCUCUGGCCCAAUUCCGUACGGCUUCAACUACGCUGUGAAUGACGCUUACAAGGGAACCAACUUCGGCCAGAGUGAGAAGUCCGACGGAAACAGCCUGUGGGGAUCCUACACCGUCGCCCUCCCAGAUGGGCGCAAACAAACAGUGGACUACACAGCUGACCACGGCAGGGGAUUCGUGGCCAAGGUCAGCUUCUCCGGCAAGGCUCAGCACCCCAAAGUUUCUGGUCCUGCCGUCGUCUUCCCUCAGAACGGAGGCGGAUACCACUAACUGUACUAACCAAAGCUCCCUUUCUAUGUAUAUUACGUAAAACAAAUAGAGAUAAUUUUUACAUAAUAAAUAUAGAUCACAUUAUGAAAAAGUGUCUCAUUAAUUCAAGCUGACUACUCGCAUAUCAAAAUGAAUGUAAGCACUUAUUAUCACACAAAUAAAUCAACAUAGAAAUUAUGUCAAUCUAAAUGAGUUUCAAACACCA